ACCUGCAAAUUUUUCAUUACAUUUUUCGUGUUUCUUCGUUUUCGUUUCAUGCGUUGGGUGGUGUACGUGCGUGCUUCGUCGGCAUAUUGGGUGUUUCACGUAAAUAUAAGAAACUUGCAACCGAUUUCAUGAACGCUAUCAAAUAUAAUAUAUCACCCGCAGUUGCGUAUGCGCAUGCUAGUAAACAGUCCGCCGAUGUGAUUUUCUAAUUGUACCACCAAUUGCAAUUGAACCGGAUUCCGUAUUUGUAUUCUAUUGCCUUUGAAUUGGAGCGGUAUAAAUAUAUUCAAGAGUGGCCAUGGAACUGGUAGCGCUAGUGAAAGAGGGCUUCCAAAAUGUCGCGGAGCAUGCAGCCAGUUACAAGUUCGGACAGACGGUGCUCCGGUAUGUGGACAAGACGCUUUGGGUCCUGGAGAAAUGUGCACGCUGGGCUGUUCCCCCGCCAUUGGACCCCGUAGAAAGGCCUCAACCAGAGCUCGUCCGUCCCAUGCCGUGGGUGUUCUUUUUAAUGAUGCUGGUAGCCCUAAGGAUUACGCGGGAGGCCAUAUCGCUCGUAAACUUAGUACUGGGCAAGCCGCCGCUUCGAUCUGCCGAUGUGGUGACAUACAUUCAAGGCAAACGUCGCUACCUGCGCACCUUGAAGUACCAAGGCAACAGGAUGAUGAGAGCCCGCACGGGUACGACCCACGAGCCGUGGUACAGCGGGCUGAGGUCGCUUUUCGAGUUCACCAUGUGUUUUAGAAGGCAAUCGGUACCCUAUGGCAACAACAAUACUACUAGAGUCAGCAACAAUGACGAAGUCCUGGUAGUGAAACGCAGCAAGCGUCCUCGUCAGGAGGAAAGCCCCGCGUCCACCAGCGAGGCGACCAUGGAGAGGCUCAUAGAGAAGAUGAUGGUCGACUUGGAUGCUGAUUCAGAUGAAGACUCCAGCUAUACGCUCACAAACGCUACAGGCCUGAAAAGUGAUAGGUCAGAAACCGCCGAAUCUGACCAGGAACCCACACCCAGCGAGGAAUCCGCCCCAACAACUAAAUCGGAAAACGAAAUGCCUGCCGAAACACCCGAAGCAAACGAUUCAGAAAUACUGGCCGACCAUCCGUCCGAGAUCAAUAACCAUUCAAAAGAGACCGACCAAUCCCAAGCCGAGGAAGUGACGGAAGAAUUCAAGCCAGCUCAAAACUGCGAAGACAAGCAUCUAAACGCAGAACAACCCUCCCCUUUGGUCGACUCGCAAACUUUCAUCCAAACUGAGAAGAAACGACACCAGAAGUCGCCAAGAAAGGACCAAAAAAUGGCGAACGGCCGGACGGUAAAGAGUACCUCCGAAAGAAACAUAGGAGGUGACAAGCGGGACGCGGCUGUGGCCAGGGCUUCGUCGGCGGAUUACAUCGCACGUGGGAAAAAAGAUAACAGGCAGACACCGUAAGCUUGUGGCAUCCUACACAGUAACUAUAAGUAUAACAGUACUGAAGACUGUUUAUUGUUUUGCUCAUCUAAUUAACGUUAUACGGUUACUUUAGGGAUACUACUUGUUAUAUACUAUGUUAUGGAAUUACUUUUAAAAUCAGCAGGUCCGAUUUUAUUAAUAUUAAUAAUUUCGAUAAACUAUUAACUCUUAAAUAUGAAACCGCAUAAAGAAAUAGUUGGUUCCUGAUAUAACUUAGAAUUUUUAUAUUUAAUCAAUUAUAAAUUUAUCGGCAGAGAAUUUUGUAAUCUCUCUAGAAUAUCAAUUUUGUUAACAAAUAUUGUUAUUUAUAGCUCUGUUUUGUGCAAUUAAUUUUGUAGCGGGUGAUUGUAUCAUCUUGUAUAAGUUUUUUUUUAAUGUUAACUAGGUAAACUAAGUCGACGUUUAGAAAUAUGUGGGGUGGAGUAUGCAAGUGCCUUAGAUGUAAAUUUUUCGUCUCAUCACAUUCGAAAUGCUACCUUGAGAAUAUUUACAGAGGGUUUAGUUUUGGACGGUCAAUGUGGUUAAAAUCUAGGCGCUGGGAUUAUCAAGUUAAGGUGCUUUGAAAUGACUUAAGAUAAAAGUUCCUUUUUUAUCGUAUUGGGUUAAACAUCGUUAUUAACACUUAUUAAUCAAUCAAAUCAUUUAUUUUCAGGCAACUUAACGAAUAUUAUGGACUAUGUCGUAAGAUUUUUAAUUUAAUUUUAUUCUUUAGUCUUCCUUCGUUAUAAAUCACAUUAGAAAAGUUAUUCAAAUGCAUUUAUUGGUUUUCAAGUAAAAGUACCUACGGUUAAGUCAGUGAUGUAAAUUUCCCAUGACUUAUUCUUGUAAAAAGUAAACGAAAACAAUAUUGACAAUCCUAAACUAAACGUUCUGAUAACAUUAUGUAUGCUUUUUUAUUUAUUGAUCUUGUCCUAAUCUGUAGGUUUUUAGGCUUUAAAUUUGAUUUCGAAAUAUUUGGUUGGUGCUAAAAAUUCGUGUCGCUUGCAUUGAGUUAUUAUUACUAUAGAGAGCAUAGAGACGACAUACCAAACAAUGAAAUUGUCGCAAUCACAACCUGUACCACGCGACCAAAACCUCGUAAGCGCCGUACAAUUUAUGGCGAUUACGCGUUUGUCGCGAGAUUCACGCUCCGCUUCUAUGGUUUGAUGCCAAAACGGCAGCAACUCAUAUAUGGCGCAAAAUACUGGUUCUCUGUGCCGUUUCCAUACGUUACUAAUAAUGGUUCAAUGGUCGCUUGCUGUGAUUAGUUUCUUUCGUUUCACGAAAGCGAUUGCCCUAUACCUCUUUGCAUGCAGGCAUUUUCAUUUAAAAUUAUACGUCUUCACAAAUAACAUUGCGAUUUAACCUUUUAUAUAAUAGUGGUCAGAAUUCAUGGGUUCCAAUUCCAACCUCGGUUGUGCUUAGAGCAGAAAAAAUCGUCGAAUACAAUGCAAAAAUACGACUAAUGUAAAUUAUUUCUUCAUACACGGAAAAGAGGCAAAACAUAGAAAGCGUAUAAUUUUAAAUAAAUAUGCCGUGCGAUCUACGCAACCCAUUCACCCCAAUGCUAGUACCCACUAUGUAUAGUUUUAUAUUAAGUCAUCACUUAGCUAUAUAGUCCGCCCUUUGCAUUUUAGUUCAUUCCAGUCGAAAGUGAAGCUAAUUUGGUUCCUACCGAUAUCUAGUUACUUAGUUUUAAAUGCAUUCAAUUCUUUAGAAUAUAAUUAUGAAGUAAUCACAAGUUUAUACAGUGCGUUUUUUACUAAUACUUUUUUUUUAUUAAUUUUCAGUUGUGAAAUCGUUUAAUUAUUAUAAUUGUUAUAGCGCCGAGUCCUGCCAAAUGGGAUUCCUAAAGGACAUAUUCGAUUUUUAGCGAGUUAUGAAUGAGAAUCCUGGAUAGGUUGAGGUUACAUUGAAAUUUCUCCUUUUUUACUUAAAACGUGAAACAAAGUAAAAUCAACUCCACUUUGCAAAUAAUUUUGUUUAAAUUUCAAUACUGAGUAUGGUAGGCAGGACGAGGAUAGGUACGGUCUGAUAUAAGAUUGAUUAUUAGAUACAAAUUUUAUUUAUUGAUCGAAAUUUGAAUUCCAAAGAUUUGGCUGUGUAGCGAUGGACUAUCUGAUAAGAAAAGACUGACGUUACAAUUAUACUUCUUUUCUUUUGUAUGUUUUCAUGUAAAUUAUAAAAUAAAUAUUAUUUAAUCUUUAUAACGUUUUGUAAGGCUAACAAGUUUUUGGAAUAUUUUAUGAAUUGUGAACGAUAUUGUUAUAAAUAUAUUUCAUAAUGAAA